AUGGCCAUGAGUACUGAAGAACAAGAAAAAACGGAAUCAAUGUGUGAUAUGGCUUUGGUUACUGAAGAACAAGAAGACACGAAGCCUUGGUUUUUUGACAGCGGUUGCUCAAGACAUAUGACUGGAACAAAGAGUAAUCUACAGAAUAUCAAGAAAUUGAAAGGAGGUACAGUAACAUUUGGAGAUGGAAGUCAUGGUUUUAUACAAGGCAAAGGUACAACACGUGAUACAGAGCUUCCACAACUGUUACGAGAUGCCAAGUGCACAAUCUGUAAAGAGACUGGACACACACAUGAGGAAUGUGUGAGCAACUCUAAAGUCAAGAAAGAAAAGUCUAUGAUUAGCAUUGAAAAUGAAUCAGAUAGUGAUAGUAGUAGCGAAGAAGAACUCAUUAAUUUAGUAGCUAUGGUGGGUAUUACUGAAUUUGAGAAUGGGGAAGAAGUAAUUGAUUCAGAAUCAGAUGGAGAUGAAGUUCUUGACAUUGUUCAGAGUUACAAGGAAAAUGAAUUGAUGGAUGAGAAAAAGCUGGCUAAAGAUUCGCUAGAUCUGAUGAAAGAGAAGUUGGUCUUAUCGGCAAAAGCUGACAAGCUUGAAGAAGAGCUACUUAGAGAAAGGAAUAAAUCUACAGAACUACAAACUGAAUUAGACCAACAACAUAGGAAGAUUCAUAUGUUUGCAGGAACCAAGCAACUUGACAAAAUUUUGAGCUAUGGGAGAACUGAGAAGACUCAUAGAGGAUUAGGCUUUAAUGAGAACAUGGGAGCUAAAUCACAGACAACCAAAUUUGUAUCUGCGGGAGCCUAUCAAUCUGAGAAGGAGACAUCUUAUGGUGUUUCUAAUGGAUCUUUGACUUGUUACUUUUGUGGAAAAAUCGGUCACUACAAACGUUUUUGUUACAAAUAUUGGCAGAAGGUCUGUACCUUAAAGCAACAAGGAAGAUUUUUCUGGAAUGGAGUUAGAAGACAAGUUUGGAUGAAGAAAGCUGACCUAUAUCAAUCGGAAUCAAUGGUAGCCUCAGGAUCAGGGUUUAGAUGCAAUAUGGCCAUGAUUACUGAAGAACAAGAAAAAACAGAAUCAAUGUGUGAUAUGGCUUUGGUUACUGAAGAACAAGAAGACACGGAGCCUUGGUUUUUUUACAGCGGUUGCUCAAGACAUAUGACUGGAACAAAGAGUAAUCUACAGAAUAUCAAGAAAUUGAAAGGAGGUACAGUAACAUUUGGAGAUGGAAGUCAUGGUUUUAUACAAGGCAAAGGUACAACACGUGAUACAGAGCUUCCACAACUGGUGAAUGUGUAUCUAGUUCAAGGACUGCGUGCAAAUUUAAUAAGCAUUAGUCAACUCUGUGACGAAGGAUUGUCAGUUUUAUUCACAAAAGUUGAUUGCAAAGCAUUGGAUGAGUCAGGUAAUGUCAAGUUAUAUGGUGUAAGAUCUGGGAAUAAUUGUUACAUGUGGGAGAAACAUUCAAUCAAAUGCUACAGUGCUAGAGGGAGUAUAGAUCUAUGGCAUCAACGGCUUGGACAUAUGAAUACAAGGAAUCUUGCUACUCUUGUGAAUAAAGAGAUAAUUCGAGGAGUACCUAAGCUUAAAGGGGAAAACAAUAUGGUGUGUGGGCCUUGUAAUCAGGGAAAGCAGGUCAAAAUUCAGCACAAAAAGGUUCCAGAUGUUCAGUCAAAAUUAGCUCUGGAUCUGGUUCACAUGGAUUUAAUGGGACCAAUGCAAGUAGAAAGCCUAGCAGGAAAGAAAUAUGUGUUUGUUUUUGUUGAUGAUUACUCCAGAUACACUUGGGUUCGUUUUAUUCGUGAGAAGUCAGAUACAAUAGACAGUUUCAAGAUUUUAGCUCUACAACUACUGAAUGAACGAGGAGGAAUCAAGAAAAUUUGA